UUUUUAAUUUAUUGACGUUUUUUAGAAAAUAUUUUUGCAUUUGUUUUUAUUUUUUGCUUCUUCCAUUUUUUUUCCCCUCCAGCCUCCAUCCGGAAGAAGAGUGUCUGUUGUGCAAAUGCGAGGCUUAAGAACUGGGGAAUUGUGGUGGACGAGGGAUGGAGGGAGGGAUGGAGGGAGGUAUGGAGGGAUGGAGGGAGGGCCACUUUUCUCCCGUAGCUUCCAGUCUUGGUACGGGGAGGAGUUGAAGAAGGAAAAGAAGGACGUCCAUCACACGCGUCUGCAAUAAAGCUGAGUCCAGGUCCGAGUUCUGAAGGAGCACCAGCAGCUACUUUGUCACUAACCACCUGCUCAUCUCCACCAAAGCUAAGACUUCAGCCAGCAUGAGCUCCAUAGUGUGGGGCCUGGUCACCGACUUCUUCACCUACGAGACCACCAAGUCCGUGGUGGUCAAGAGCUGGUCCGUGGGCAUCAUCAACCGCGUCGUUCAAGUCCUCAUCAUCGCAUACUUCGUGGGCUGGGUGUUCAUCCAUGAAAAAGCCUACCAGUUGACGGACACCGGCAUCGAGUCGUCCGUUAUGACCAAAGUCAAGGGCUUCGGUCGGCACCAUCAGCGCAUUAUGGACGUGGCCGACUACAUCUUCCCACAGCAGGGAGCUGGUAUCUUCUGCAUCAUGACUAAAGUCAUCAUCACUGAGAAUCAGUUCCAAGGGAAAUGUGCAGAGACUGGAAGGAGGUUUAACUGUACAACAGACUACGACUGUACAGAACAUAUACCCUCCAUCCUCACUAAUGGAAAGAUCACAGGAACUUGUCUCGCCAACGUGACGGGGUCCAGCGGCGCCUGCGAGAUCGAGGGGUGGUGCCCGGCCGAGAACGACAGAACCCCCGUCGAGCCCAUGAAAGACCUGGUGGACUUCACCAUCUUCAUCAAGAACAGCAUCCGCUUCCCUCUCUUCAACGUCACCAGGGGGAACUUCCCAUCCAGCAUGACGUCGGCUCAGAUCAGGAAUUGCACCUACCACCCGGACGAGAACCCUUUCUGCCCCAUCUUUCGUGUGGCAGACGUGCUGAAUUACACCAGUCAGAACGUCACCCGCCUCCUGGAUAAGGGUGGUGAAAUAGGAAUAAACAUAGAGUGGAAGUGUAAUCUGGAUCUAGAUAUAGAAUCUUGUGUUCCCAAGUACUCUUUCACCCGACUGGAUGCACCUUUUGAGAAGAACGCUGUCUCUGAGGGCUUCAACUUCAGAUUCGCCAAAUAUUACAAGACGGAGAACAACACCGAAUUCCGGACACUACACAAGGUGCACGCCAUCCGCUUCGACGUCAUGGUGACUGGAGCGGCAGGGAAGUUUAAUACGGUCCCUACAUUGAUCAACUUGGUCGCUGCCUUCACCUCCAUUGGACUGGGUACGGUUCUUUGUGACCUCAUCCUGCUCAACUUCCUGAAAGGAGCAGCCCAGUACAAGGCUAAGAAAUUUGAGGAGGUGUCGGAGGCUCAGAUCGAGGCGUCCCUGGCCCGCAGCCUCAGCAGCCAGCUGUCACUCAAAGAAGGUAUGAAGCGCUCCUGCGACUCUGGCGCCCUUUCUCUGACCACUGCUGACCAGCCCAUGUGACCAGGACUCUUAAAGGGACAGUCCUCUCGCUCGCCGCCCCAGUCGUUAAAAAGCCUUUCUGCACUUUUUCUUCCAUGAGCUUAAGGAGUGACGUAGCUGGACUGCAUUUGCCCAGUAGUAUCUUCCACAUGAGGAGGUGUGAACAAGUGAUGACAUAAAUCGAUAACAUUGCAUCUAAUAGACAAUGUCUCAUUUGUGGUGACGUCUAUCAACAUGAGGGUGCUCCCAAAAAAGGAGGCAUUUUUCAAAUGUGUCGCUUUUAAAAGUGCUCCCCCUCUGGUCAACAUAUGAAAUAACAAGUGUGUGUAAAAAUUUGAAAUGCUCCCCCUCUGGCCAACAUAUGUAAUAAGUGUGUGUAAGAAAUUGAAAUGCGCCCCCUUUGGCCAAAAUUAUUAUUUUAAUUUUUUUUUAAAUAUGUAUAUAGAGACAUACUGUAAUAACUUGAAGUAAAUAUUGAAGA